AUGGCCCCGCCGCCAGACCCAGCUCAGUGUCCUAACAACCAUGACCCGUACACCCUCACACUGAGCAUCCUCCUCUGCACCGGCCUCGUCAUCAGCUACCUUCCUCAACACUUUCGCAUCAUUUCGGCGGGCACGAGCGAGGGCCUGUCGCCAUGGUUCCUCCUCCUCGGCGCGACCUCGUCCGCGUCGGGCAUGCUCAACCUCCUCAUCUUGCAGUGGCCGCUGUUCCAGUGCUGCCGCGUCGUCUCAGGCGGCCAGUGCGCAGAGAGCCUUCUCCGCUUCGUCCAGGUCGGUCUGCAGUGGCUUCUCUUUUCCAUCAUCCUCAUCCUCUAUAUCGCAUACUUCCCCCGCACGCCACACAUGCGCCCGCUCGUGCUGCAAGGCGCCCCGAUCCCAGAGUACGGCGCGACGCGAGGGAAUGCCGUGGACGCCGAGACGCCGUCUCCUGCGACCGCCGAGGAGUUCCGCAAGCUGCGGGAACAGAACGACAGGGAGUGGCGCACCGCCAAGGGAGUGGCGUGGGUGGUAGGGCUGCACCUCACCGCGCUCACGACCCUCACGUUUGUCCUCCUCAACAAGCUGCCUACAACGUGGCCGCCUCAGGAGCCUCUGCGUCUUCUCGCGACUUUCUGCGGGCUGAGCGGCACGGCUCUCGCCGUUUGCCAGUACGCGCCGCAGAUCGUCAAGACUGCCAAUGCUGGGCUUGUCGGCGCGCUCAGCAUCGGCACAAUGAUGAUCCAGGUGCCGGGAAGCAUCGUGUUCUGCAUCAGCAUCAUGCUCGGCGAGAACACGGACUGGACGAGCUGGAUGCCCUACGCCGUCACGGGCAUGAUGCAGGCGUGUCUUCUGGCUAUCUGCUUGCUCUGGAAGAAGCGGCAGAGGUGGCUCGGCGUCGACGACUUCGGCAACCCCCUCCCCUCGUCUGUACCGGAGCAUGGCGCCGACGAGCGCGCGCCGCUCCUCAACGGCGCGAACUAG